CAAUGACGGACGGACGUUGAACCGGUCGACGGUCGAAACUCGCGCGCGCGUAACCUGCUUCGCCGGUACCCGCUGUUACAGCCCCCUUGUAACAGGUCGUCUACCACCUCCCGCUAGAUCUAGUAGGCUUAGAUUUGCAAACAUUACAGCCUACUUUGAGGGGUUGUUUAGCUGCGCUCGGAAGCCCACCGGUGACGCUCCCACAGCGCCUACUUUGGCAGCAGGUUCUUAUUGGAGAAACGCUCUCACCCAUGCUGCGACGAAGAGUACGGCAAAAGAGAGGAGAACAUAACACAGUCAAACGCGUUGCCAGAAGAAUCCACCAGAAGUGACCUGCCCGAAGGUUGGCUGACUGACAGCUGGCUAGCUGGCCUGGUGCGAAGUGUGUUUUUCUACUGGACGGAACAAGACCACGGAUUGCCGUGUCCGGUGGUGAAGAAGACCCGGGAGGAAUCUACCGUGCCGGUGAGAACAACACGAGUGCGGGACAAAUCAAAUUAGUGGCCAGUGAAGCGCACCGCGGCUAAUCGAAUUGGACAAUCGGAAAAAAAAGUUUGUCGUCCGAAACUGGUGCUGGUGGCUGGAACUCGUGCGGACAGGUGUCCAAUUAGGGGGAACCGGUGGCCGCGAAGCGGCACCCGCCCACAAAACUUGUCCUUUCAGUUACGGAAACCCAAACGAAACAGUCCGAGAGCAACUCCACGCUCCGCUGACAAGUGUUUGUUUACAGUUUUGUUUACAUUCGAGCGCGCUCCACACACUAGCGCAGGUGACCAGCAGCCGCGAACGGCCGUGUAACCUGCCCGGAAUCCUCGCCCAAUGACAGAAAAUCUCCGCAGGAACCUGCCCCGAAACGCGUUCCCGCAAGUGACUGCACCGUGUUUAUGUUUUUGCGAACCUGUUCCACAGUCGCUGCGCGGCUGUCAGUGUGUUGGUGCGGUGGCGGUGUCUUUCAAGGCCUAAUCUGCAGGUUCCCCGCAAAUCUUACAAGAUUUCGCAAAGAAUGGGCUAACUUGGUCCGAAUAACCUAAAAAAAGAAGAAAUUUUCAAGCUGUCAGUGUAUUUAAAAGGUGUUCCAAUAGGGAAAGGCACCACGGGGGAAAAAAGUAAAUCAUAAAAUGUGUGUUAGUGUUACAGCAUAAAAUCCAACAAGAAGUCAGCGUUCUGCGUGUGGGUCUGUGUAUGUGUCUGGCGAAUGGGAUGCUGCAGUGAGUUAGAAAGAAAGAACGACGCGAAGAGUAGAAAAGUGCUUUCAGUGUAAAAUGUGUACGAGUGUGCGUGUGUGAGAGUGCUGGUGGUGGUAGUGAUUUGCUCGUAUAACACCAUCUGCCCUUCUACUUCGCCCCAAAAAGGAUCAAAUUACGACAGCAGCAGCGGAAUUCAAUUUGCACCAGCAACGCCAGAAGAGGCCUCCUCGUCGCGAGUGUUGUUACAUCGAGCAAACCGGGUCAUCAUAGGGCAUGUUUAGAAAGAGUAGCAUAAAUUUGCGCCUGUUUCGUUAUUUUUCGCGGAGUCCUUCAGGCUUCCGGUUAGUCCGGGAGGAGGCAAAAGUUGAUUAAACAAAGUUUUAGAAAACGUAGGCAAAAGUAAAAGUUAAGCGUAAAUGUUGUUUGUUUGAGCGAAGAAAAUAAAGUUUAUAAAUAGAAGAGUGAGGGGGAAAUCGUAAGUGAACAAGUGUUUUCUCAAAAUCGUUUAAAAAAAUGGCCUCCCACCAUCUGUACGGGGCGUUGAUCGCGCUGACCUGUGUGCUUUGCUACCACAACAGCCUCAACUGUGGCUUUGUGUUCGACGACAUCAGCGCGAUCAAGGAGAAUCGCGACCUGAGGCCCCACUCGUCGAUCAAGAACGUGUUUCUGAACGAUUUCUGGGGCACGCCGAUGCACAAGGAACAAAGCCAUAAAUCAUACCGGCCCCUGUGUGUGCUGACGUUCCGGUGGAACUAUCUGCUGCACGGGCUGGAGCCGGCCGGGUACCACCUGGUCAACAUGCUGCUCCACACCGUCGUCUCGCUCAUGUACUUUCGAAUGUGCGCCAUGCUCCUGUCGGAGGUGUCCAGCUUUGCAGCGGCGAUGCUGUUUGCGGUGCAUCCGAUUCACACCGAGGCGGUAACCGGCGUCGUAGGUCGGGCCGAAACGCUGUCCUCGGUGUUCUUCCUGGCGGCGUUCAUCUUCUACACCAAAGCGACCAGGCGGAAACGGGCCACCGGCUGGCGGUACCUGUCGGUGGCCAUGGUCUUCGUGGCCACGGCGAUGCUCUGCAAAGAGCAGGGCAUCACCAUCACCGGCGUUUGUGCAAUUUACGAGAUCUUCGUCGCCCAGAAGAUCCGGCUGAGUGACAUUUACCACCUGGCCCGGUCGGUGAUGAGCGGGAAAUCGUUGGCCCUGCCCAGCGGCUGGUGGCCCCACGAGGCGACCCGCCGGUUAGCGGUCCUGUGCGUGUCCACGGUGGCGCUGCUCUUCGUCCGGCUGCAGAUCAUGGGCUCGCAGCUGCCGGUCUUCACCAGGUUCGACAAUCCGGCCUCGGUGUCGCCGACGCCCACGCGCCAACUCUCGUACAACUACCUGGCCUCGGUGAACCUGUGGCUGCUGCUGUUCCCAUGUGACCUGUGCUGCGACUGGACCAUGGGCACCGUCCCGCUGGUGGAGAGCUUUGGGGACGUGCGCAACCUGACGACGCUGGCCGCGUACAGUCUGCUCGGGGUGCUCGUGUGGAUGGCGUUCGUGCAGGUCGAUCGGCAGAAGGCGGCCGUUAUUGUGAUGGGCCUCGCCUUCAUGAUACUCCCGUUCCUCCCGGCCUCCAACCUGUUCUUCCCGGUGGGUUUCGUGAUCGCCGAACGCGUCCUGUACAUGCCCUCGAUGGGCUUCUGCAUCCUGGUGGCGUACGGCUUCCAACUCCUCUCCGAGCGGUGGUCCCGCAAGGCCACCUGGUGCUGUCUGGGCUUUCUCCUGCUGAGUCACUCCGUCAAGACCUACAACCGGAACGCCGACUGGGAGUCCGAGUACACGAUCUUCAUGUCCGGCCUGAAGGUGAACCAACGCAACGCCAAGCUGUUCAACAACGUUGGGCACGCGCUCGAGAGCGAGGGCAAGUUCGAGGAAGCGCUCCAGUUCUUCCACAAGGCCGUCAGCGUCCAGGAGGACGACGUCGGGGCGCACAUCAACGUGGGCCGGACGUACAACCACCUGAAGAUGUUCAAGGAGGCCGAGCAGGCGUACCUGAAGGCGAAAUCGCUGCUUCCGAAGGCCAAACCGGGCGAGUCGUACCAGGCGCGGAUCGCCCCGAACCAUCUGAACGUGUUCCUCAACCUGGCGAAUUUGAUCUCGAAGAAUGCGACCAGGCUGGAGGAGGCGGAUCUGCUGUACAGACAGGCCAUCAGCAUGCGAUCGGACUACACCCAGGCGUACAUCAACCGGGGGGACAUUCUGAUCAAGCUGAACCGGACGAAGGAAGCGCAGGAGGUGUACGAGAGGGCGCUGCUGUACGAUAGCACCAAUCCGGAUAUUUACUACAAUCUCGGAGUGGUCUUCCUGGAGCAGGGCAAGGCCUCCCAAGCGCUGGCCUACCUGGAUAAAGCCCUGGAGUUCGACCCGGAGCACGAGCAAGCGCUGCUGAAUUCCGCAAUCCUUCUGCAGGAGCUGGGCCGUCCAGAACUGCGGAAAAUCGCCCGCGAACGUCUCCUCAAGCUGCUCGCCAAGGAUGAAUCCAACGAGCGUGUCCACUUCAACCUGGGCAUGCUGGCGAUGGACGACCGGAACACAGACGAGGCGGAGAACUGGUUCCGGCGGGCGGUGCAUCUCAAGCAGGACUUCCGCAGUGCGUUGUUUAAUCUGGCGUUGCUGCUUGCCGAUGACCACAGGCCGUUGGAGGCGGCGCCUUUUCUGAAUCAACUGGUCAAGUACCAUCCCGAUCACAUCAAGGGGCUGAUCCUGCUUGGGGACAUCUAUAUCAACAACAUUAAGGAUCUGGACGCAGCGGAGAAUUGCUACAAGCGCAUCCUCCAGCUGGACCCGAUCAACAUCCAGGGGCUGCACAACCUGUGCGUGGUGUACGUCGAGCGCGGCAAGCUGGCCCAGGCCCAGUCCUGUCUGGCGCACGCCCACCGACUCGCGCCCGGCGAGGACUACAUCCUGCGCCACCUGCAGAUCGUCCAGACGCGCAUCCAGCGACUCCGCUCGACGGCGGGUCCGAGCCGCGAGAAGGAGGUCGCUUUUGCCGAGUACGACCCGCGCGAGUUUGGCGGAAGUCCCGGCGAUGAGGUCGAGGACGACUUCCAGCAGCAGCCAAUUAAUGGCGAUGGCAGUAACGAUAACCAUAAUAAUCUGAAAACAUCAUUACCUCAUGUGACGACUGAAGAAGGAGAAGAAAUUGAAGAAGCAGCCAGUAGCAACAGUGAUCCUAUUUUUAUCGAAUCAGAAGAGCCAAUCUCUCGGCCGUCGGCGCCGACGUCGACGUCGUCUUCUGAACCAGUGGCCGCCCCGGCCAAUGGAAGUCUUCUUCAGCAGCAGCAACAGGAUGCGCCUAGAUUAAGCGACGAUACGACUAGCAGUAGUAACAGUAGAACCAGUAGCAGUACUAGCAGUAAUCAGCAGUCGCAUCAACCCCAUCAAGAGCAGCAGAAGCAGUCUCCGCUGAGGAGUACAAGUAGCAGUAGCAGCAGCAGUCCGCAGAUUGUUGGCGGGAAGGACUUGGACGACCCGUCGUCCGGCAUGUCAUAGCAUCAGAUUCUUAAUUACAACAAGCUAGACUGUUUCAAAAUUAAUUAGGACUGAACUGAACUGAGAGCAGCGAGGCGGUGAACGAGGCGACCUUUUUCGAGAGAAGCGAAGACAAAAGGGGCAGUAAGAGGGAUGAGGAUGCACGCGAGUGUUACAGAGAUUACGAUGAUGAUUAGAGAGUGUGGGUGAUGUAUUGGGUUUCGUUUGGUAAUCAGUUUUUGUUUUUCCUCUAUGGAAUGAAGAGUGCAUCUUGAGGGAGUUUGACGUGGUCAAAUGCAAAAUUUGUCAAACUUGAAGAUUCAUUUAAUUUUUUUCCUGAACAUUUAUAAAUUCAAACAUAAAUUGGAACGACACUUUACAAAUUUGCUGCAAUUACAUGUUACGAAGACUCUACUCAAAAAUACUUAAAAUCAAAUAUUUUGGAAAAUUUUCAUUUGUUUGUCAAAACACAUUGAAACUUCUCCGCAGUUAAAAUUGAUUUUUGUUUGUUUUGAUUUAAAUUCUAAAUGUAAUAUUUUUACAAAAAAAAAAUCCAAUUUAAAAAUAGUACUAAAAUUUAAUUUACAAGCCAGAAUUUUUACAUUAUAAUCUUAGAAAAUUUGAAUUUUAGGCUUUUUUUAUUUAUGUAAAAACAUAAACUUGAAAUAACUCAAUUAUUGACUCUAUUCCUAGGCUGGUACAAAUUUUAAUUCAAAGUUGUCAACCUUUUAACAUGGAUUGAUUGUAAUUGAUUGUUUGCUUGCGACAGAGCCUAGUUUUGAAUGGAUAACGAUAUAUUUUCAUCAAUUUUAAUUUUUAACUUAGACCUGAUUUAAAAAAAAACUGGAAGUUUCAUUAAAUUUAUCGGGAAUUUCCACUUUAAUCACACUCAUUUUUAUAUAAAUUCUCUUUAAUUUCUAUUGAUAUUUUUAACUUAUCACGAUUUUAAGUCAGUUUUGAAAGUCCUAUUUAGAUAAAUAUUUAUUUUUUUGAAGAAUUAAACUGGUAUUAUAUGUGAUUAUAUGUGAAAUCUUUUCAAUAGCUCUAAGUUGCCUAGAAUGUUAAUUCUGAACUCAUUAUUGUUGCACGUCUUAAGUUGUAAAUACUAAUUGAGGUUCCACCAAAAUACUGAAAUAUCAAUUUAUUAAAAUUUAUUGACCAAUUAUUUACUGAAAUAACUUAAACUUGUCAUAACUUUAGAGUAAUAGAAUUACAUUUUUCAGAUUUUUUUCUAAAGUCUUUAUCUGAUUAUUUGAUAUUUCUUUGUAGACUAAACAUAAAUUCAAUUUUUAGCUUGAACAUCAUCAAAUCCUUAUUUGAAUAUAAGUUAAAAAUUACAGAUUUAAAAAAGAAUUACUUAAAUUCCUAUUCCCAUUGAAAUUUAACUGUUUUUUAUUUUAAAAUAAUGCAUUUUAAGUAAAGUUGCAAUUAUUUUGAGAGUUAUUAAACUUUUAUUCAAAUUACUACCAUAUACGAAAAAUUAAAAUUCAGAUUCUUACUAAAAUUCAAUACAGUUGUGAGUCGUCAAAUUCAAAACUUUUUAUCAAUAACAAUUAAAUUUCAUGAAAGUUGAACAUAUUCAUAGAUUAAAAUUCAUUUGAAUUUUUUUUUUCAUAAAUUUAUGAAUAUUAUAGUUAAAUUUUGCCAGUUUUUACUAUUCCAAACAUGCUUGAAAUUUUCUUUAGUAAUACUGAAAUAAAUUGAAAUUGUUUUGAAUUGGAAUGGUUGUUUAAUACAAAAAUGAAAAAUAAUGUUUAACAAAAAAUAAAUUUAAAUAUACUGUCAUGCCUGGUUUUGCACGCCUCGGUUUUGAUUACUAAAGCACAGAGCUUAUGGGAUUUUGGCUAUAUGGGAGAUAUUGGGUAUAAUCGUAUGAAAAAUCUUGAAUAUUUUACACAACUACGUAUUUUCGAAAUAUUUAUAAUUACAGUUUUUCACAAUAUGGGUAUCAAAUGAUCGGGGUUUUUCAUUCAUUUCGAAUGUAAUACAUUUUUUGAAAUACUAUUUUUUUUACAAAACUACGUAUUUUCGAAAGAAAAUAUUCAAAAUUACAGUUUAUCACAAUAUGGGUAUCAAAUGAUCGCAAUUUUUCUUACAUUAACAGUAACAUUUUUUUAAAUACUCAUAAUUUUCUCAAAACCUCGUAUUUUUUUUUUAAUCGGGACAGAUAUAACACAUUUUUUUUAAAUUACUCAACAUUGACACAAACUACGUAUUUUCGGAAAAAAUACUGAUUUUUUUAACAAUAUGGGUAUUAAAUGAUCGGAUUUUUUCAUACAUUUCGAAUGUAUUAACAACAAUUUUUGAAAAUACUUUAAUUUUCACUAAACUACGUAUUUUCGAAAAAAAUCUCAAUCUUUUUUGUAAAUUAAAAAAAAUGUUGUUAUUACAUUCGAAAUGUAUGCAAAAAUUUCAAUCAUUUGAAAUUAUUGUGAAAAACUGAAAUUUUGAAGUUUUUUUCGAAAAUACGUAAUUUUGUGUCAAUUUGUGUUUUACUUUCGAAUGAUUAUUUGAUACCCAUAUUGUAAAAACCAAAAAAUUUUGGCAAUUUUCUUAGUUUUGUGAAAAUUUUGAGUAUUUUCAAAAAUGUGUGCUAUAACUUUCGAAAUAUUUGAAAAAAAUCCCGUUCAUUUCAUACCUUAUUGCAAUUCCAAAAAAAAUAUUUUUUUUGUCAAGGAAACAUUGGUUUUUCAAAAUACUAGAAAAAUACGUAUUUUUGUUAAAAUUUUCAUGUAACUUUAAUUGCUAUGGAUUGCUGACAUCAUCCCGAUUCCAAAGUUCCAAAGUAGUUUUUCAGAACUUGGAUGAUUUUUCAUAGGAUUAUAGCCAAUGUCUCCCAUAUAUCCAAAAACCCAUAAGCUCUGCGCUUCAGUUAUGCAUGCCUAGAUUUUACAUCCCGCAUAUGCGGUGCUAAACUGAGGCACAAAAAUUAUAACUUUAAAUCUAGCAAAAAAAUAUCAUCAAAAUUUAAUUUAAAAAAAAAAUAAAAUAUUGAUGAUGUUUUCAUGAACUAUACUUUAAAAAAUAUAUUCAAAAAUAUAACCUUGUUUCCAAAACCUUAACAGUUUUAGAAAAAUAUUUUUCAGACAAUACAUGUUUUAAAAUAAUUAUUCCAGGAAUUGACAUAUAAAUUAUUUGUUGUUUAUUCAUAAUUUUUUUUAAGUGAUAAAUACUACUGUAAUUGUUCUUGCUUUCUUAAAUUUUAAUUAUCUUUUUAUUAGCUUGUCAUAGAAACAAUGAAAGGUUCUUUUAUGCUCUUAUUAUUUUCGUUUUGAUUAAUUUUGCUUAAAAUUAUUUUUUUAUGAUUUUAUCCAACUUUUUUGCUUUUUGUCAAGAAAAAACACAUUGUGAUUUUUUCUUUAUCAAUAAAAAGUUUUGCAUUUCCAUGACAAUUAUAAAAUUCUACAACCAAAAUAAAAUCUUAGAAAUCUCCCUUCCUGAUUUCAUUACGACCACCCCCAAAAGACCCAACCUCAAGCCCAUUAACACAAACCACCCACUUUCAUUAUUCUGCGAGCAGCAAAAGAAGGCAAAAAUUCAAUAAAGGACCUGAAAUGAGGAUCCAUUACUGCUGAUAAUUAUCGUUAUCAUCCUCCUGACGACGACGACAUUCGGCCGCAAAAACGACGCGGCCAGAUUUGGCCUGCCCCUUAAUGUGUCCUGCUUCCAGGCCUAAUGACCAGGUCGAACUCCCUCAUGAUGAUGGCGAAAAUGAUGGCCCCUCUCUGAUUGUAAAUAAAGUCAAACUUGUCGCUGUUGUCCUUAACUGUUUUUGGUUUUGACUCUUUAGGAAAGUUGGGUUAAGAAGAAGAAGACGGAAAAAAUCGCGUUGAAAUGAUGAAAUGUUGAAGAGUUUAGAGAGAACGGGGUGAGAGAGAGAGAGAAAGUAACAAAAGAAUAGCAAAAAUUGUGAGAGAAAUUAAAGAAACCGAAGAGAGUAUAUUUUUUCACAAAUAAAAAAAACUAAGAAGUAAAAUAAAGAGAAGAGAAUGAAUGUGCCGAGAGAGAGACUUGACAGCAAGAAAGUUAGUUGAAUAGCAAAACGGAAAAGUAAAAAUCGCUAGAAUUGUAAUUGUAAAUGUAAAAAGUAAACAAGUAAGUGAACGGUGAGAAGAGAACAUAAUUUUGGUUACGAUAAAGUAAAAUGACACUUACACGUACGACACGGAGAGAAAUAAAAACAGUAAAAACACUCGACACACACACACAUUGAUAUUUGCUAGAUGAUAUUGUUAGGAUUUUUUAUGAAAGGGUCCGGCGUGGCCCAUUGUGAUCGUCAUUGUUCUCGGUGAUGCAGUAAAAAAUGUACUUAAAAAAGACACCUUAGAAAAGAAUGAAGAAACGCGAAGCAUUUUUUCGGUUCAGUUUUUUCUUACCGUGCAAGUUUGAGUUUGUAAACAAAAGGUUUGCUUUUUGUGUUAGUAGCCAAGAGUAUAUUGCAAACAAGUGCUGAACAAAAACAAAGGGGGAAAAAGGGAAGGAAUGUUAGUGAUCCUGACACACGUAACUAGAAUCUCACUUAGUAUAUUGGAAUAAGUUAGAAACGGGAGGGAGAGAGACGCAAAGCAAUUUGUUGUUUGAGCAAACUACUAUUGUAAAACUUGAAAAUAUAUUUAUAAAUUUGUGUUGUAAAACUUAGUCGCAAUCAAAUCUCCAUGUAGCUUUCGGUGAUGGGUUUUCGAAAAUGAAGAGCAAAUAUUUACACUACCGUCACGCCUAACCAUAGGCAAAAAUACCCAAUCUAUUUUCAACAAAAAUCAAAUUUUCCCCCAAACUGAGGCAAUUUAGGCGAAAACGGCAAACAAACUACCAAUAAAAUCAACCACGCUGCAAAAAAAAACGCCAAUUUAAAAAAUCCUCCUCCAACACUUCACAUAAACUUAAUUUUAAAGUCAAUAUAAUUUUAACAGCGCCUAAAUCGCACCGGGUGACCACCGCGACGCGUGUAAAUAUUUGCAACUCAUUUAGUUUUAUUGGCGCGAGCGCGCACCAUUUUCGGUUAGUAUUAUUAAAGCACGCGUUAAAACCGCCUAUUCUAUCCCCCCACCUCUCUCUAAAGAAGAACACAGUUUUUGGGUUUUGAUUUUCGCGUGGCAGUGAAUAAAGAGACAGAGAGAGACAGGAAGAAAGAAAGUGACAGAAAGAGAGAGAGCACCUCCCCCCGCAGGAAGCUCAUCCUAUAUUAUAUAUAUUUAGCGAAAAAUGACAUUUGUACUUAAGUUGAGAAAUAAAGAAAAAGUACUCUAUUUAAGAAAAAUGGA